UGAGAUGUGAAUAAGACCUUUCUCUGGAUGCACAUCGCUCUACUGCCCUGGUAACUGCCCUUGGGAGGACUUUAAAGAGAGCUGAAAAUGAGAUGCCCUUACCAUGAGUGGCCCAAAGCUCUGGAUGUGCACAUCAUUGAUGAGCUGCAGAUGAACACAGUGUUUGCCUCAGAAGAUGAAUGUGAGUGUGGACUGGGGCCCUGGGAAUGACAUUUGUGACACAGGUGAGAAGCAUUCAAAUUAUUCCAGAAAGACAACUAAGCAGGAAGGCCACACACUUAGCGUCCAGAAGGAGGUAGACAUGAAUUACUCACAGAUGUUCAGUCCUCUUUGCAACUCUGCUGGACCUUCAGGUAAGCAGGAGCUUCCUGCAGAGCUGCAGUGUGAAGAUAAAGAAACCUGUGAGACUUACUACCAGAAAGAAGGUGAGAGACCAGCUGGGGUGUUUGUCCCUUCCGAUACCAACUUUGACCUGCAGUGUGAAGAAAAAGAUUUAGAGCACAGUUCCUCUGACUGCUCCAGGAAACCACGGGGAAGACUCCACGAUGGUAACGAAAAUACCAUUCUUGGUGACAUGUUUGCAGAGGACCUGGAGCCUGUCUCCGAGGAGGCUUUGCCGUAUCGGUGCAAGAAGUGUGGUUCCUCUUUCCAGGGUACGAGCGAGCUGCAGGAGCACAGGCGAACUCACCUCGUGGAAAACUCCUACCGCUGUCCCACCUGCGCCAAAGAGUUCUUCCGCGCGGCAAACCUGCGGAUGCACAAGCUCAUCCAUUCCAGUGACAGGCCCCACAAAUGCCCGGAGUGUGACAAGGGCUUCAUCCGCACGGCCGACGUCUGGAGGCACCUGCGCAACGUGCACAAGAUCGAGCGCUCCAUGGUGAUCCUGGGAAACGGCAUGGCCAGGAACCCCUGGUCCGUAGUGCACCGUCACCAGCACGCUGUUGAGUACAGUGAUCGGCCUCGCGCGGAAAACCAGAAGCCCGAGGAAGACGACUAUAAGCCUUACACCUGCCCGACGUGCGGCAAAGGCUUCGACAAGCCCAACCUGCUCUCCAAACACAAGGUGAUCCACCGGGAGGACAAGCCCUACAAGUGCCAGGAGUGCGGCAUGGCGUUUGUCCAGCUGCUCAGGCUGAAGAGGCACCAGCAGACUCACUCUGGGGCGCGCCCCUUCUACUGCGAGGAGUGCGGGGGGACGUUCACCCGGCUGGCGUCGCUCCAGCGCCACCACCGCAUCCACACGGGAGAGAAGCCCUACUCCUGCGGUUACUGCGGGCAUUCCUUCACCGAGUCGGGGACCCUGCGGAGGCACGAGCGCACACACAAACUGGACAAACCUUAAUUCCUGGCUCAUUUGUGGUCGCGGUCUCCUCGGUUGCUUCUCACCUGAGCGAGGUCUGCUCUGUUGGGCUGGAGAAGGCACCCACCGCGAGCGCUCUACCCCGUCCAGACCCGCUGCCCCGGCGGGGAACGCUGCAUCACAGGGAUCUCUGGAACUUGUACUGGUAGAGGUUGCACUGACUGGCUUUGAACUGCUUUGUAUGAACAAAUUACCUAAUUACCACUGAGUAAUGAAAUUACUGCACGUGGGGAGACUGAAAUCACUCACAUGUGCUCGUGCUGCCUCAAUUUGCUGGACUGACCAUGCAUCAGCUUGAGCUUUGUGCAAGGAUGCACAGGCUGUGAGACUUCUCUCCACAGCCUCAGUCACUGGAUAAAUUGGCCCUGGCCUCUUGAAUGUGAUGGCUCUCUGGCACUGGGUUUGGAGAUCUGUUGUUGCAGGUAUUUGCUAAGUCAAAACAGUCCAGAAUUGUCCCUCUAUCCCUUCUGUCCUUGUAUUUUGCUGAGUUUUUCU